AUGUUUCUAUAUUUAUUGUUUACUUUUUGUUCUGCUGAUUCAAUUUUUAUUAAGGAAUAUCGAUAGGUUAACAGGUAGAUUAUUAUUGAAGCAUAAGCAAUAAUCAAAUAACAGAUAUCAUUUGACGAAAAACUAGUGAUAUCAAUAACAAAUUAUCCUUAAUAAAAUGCACCAUUAUUGUUGAUUUGUAGAGCAAACACUACUUUUACUUAAUUACCUAACCUAGACACUAUUUAAAGGUAUAAAAGCAAUAUUUAAUAGAUAAAAUUGUAUUGCAGACUUAAAUUCAUAUGAUUUCAAGAGAGAAAAAUAACAAAUUGUCAUAGAUUAUCAAGAAAAAUACAAAACUUACAUGAAUAUCAUUUUUUAAGAGAAAAAUAGAUAACCAUUUAUAGUAGUUUACUCAGAAUAGAAAAUAGACUUUAAAAUAAAUAUUGGAAUCUAAAAAAAGUCAUCCUGUUUAUGGUAUUAAUGAUGUUAAAUAUUAAUUAGGGAAUGUAAAUAAAGUAGCACUUGUAUUUAAGGUUAAUGUAUUUGUUAAGAAGGCUACUUUGGAGAUGACUGUAGUAUUAAUAUUUUACAAUUCUUAUCGAAUGAUAAUUAUAAAUAAGAAGUUAUUUAUUAUAUAAACGCUGCUGAAUUAGAAGUAAAUUAUUUCCAUAGAUUAUAGGUUAUAUAUAUGAAUUUUACAGACAAACAUAAUUAUUUAUUAGAUUGUUAAGCAUUUAAUCCAUAUAUAUAUAGAGGGAAGUUUUUCUUUGAUAGUUUCAUGGAACUUUCUCGUUAAUAAUAAAUUGAUUGUUUUCAAGAAACAUAAAAAAUAAAUAAAGAAUUUUCUAUAAAAUUGCAACCUUUAUUUUAUUUUAUACCAACGAAUAAAACUAUAUACAGAGGCUCUUAAGAUGAGGAACCUGAAAAAACCACUAUCAUUUAUAUAAUUACAUCGAUUGUGAUUCCUAUAACAUUAAUUUUGAUUUAUUGUUACUGUAAGUGUCGUAAAUCAUAAAGAAGAAUGAAUAAUCUUAAUUCAGAAUAAAUUCCAACCUGUUAAAAAGUAUAAUAAGAAAAAUUAAUUAACAAAUAUUUACCAAUUUAAUUAUAUGAUUAAGUAAUUAAGAAGUUUCCUGGACUUUUAGAUGAUAAAGUUUGUUAAAUUUGUUUAGAGGAAUAUAAAAAUGAUGAUUAAGUUAGAGUAACUUAUUGUACUCAUUUUUUUCAUGUAGAAUGUGUUGAUUUAUGGAUAGAGAAGAAUGAAGUAACAUUAUAAAAUAUAUAUUAUAAGACUUGUCCAACCUGUAGAUCUUCUUUUAACUAUGAAACUAUGACUAAAAUUAUUAAUACAGAAUUAUUAGAUGGUUAAUACCAAUCAAGUAAUUCUACUAAAUAGAUAAUCUCUGAACAAUCACAAAAAAAUAUCAGACUAUAUGGUUAGAAAAAAUCAUCCUGUUCCCCAAUAAUUCAUUAACAUAUAAUUUUAUGA